GGCGUCAUGUGUUCAGUCGAGGGUUGUUAUGUCAAAAUCAAAAGUUUGUCUUUUAUGAAGUACAAAAUGAUUUAUUUAUUACGAAGAGAUUUAAAAAUUUCGUAGUGUGACUUGCAAAAAUGUUGAAUGAUUACGAAUUGUUUGUGCAAAUGUGCGAAAAACGUGGAAUUUUGGCGCCACUUGACGUUUCAGAGGCUAUCAAACUUGGCAGUUCUACUGGGGAAUUGAAAUUAUCCUGCCUCUCGUUAAUAAUUCCAGUUUGUGAAGUUUUGAGUCAAAUGUUAGCGUCCAGUUCGUCGAUAAAACACGUGGAUCUCAGCGAUUGUAUGUUACUGCCAAAAGGACUCAACAAUAUUCUCAAUGCACUCUGCGACGGUUCCAGUGUGACAAAUCUCAAUCUAAAAGGCAACAGCAUCAGCGGUCCUAUCGCUCAACAAUUGGGUCAAGUUUUCCUCUGCAAUAACACUCUAAAAUGUUUACAUCUCGAAUGGAAUAGUUUAGGAUCAAAUGUCGAAUCAUUCUCCCUUUUAUGCGACGGCCUCUCCAAAAAUCACAAUAUUGAGGAAAUCGAUCUGAAAUACAACCAAAUAUCGCCAAAUUGCGCCGAUUCUCUACUAAAAGUGUUAAAAUACAAUAAAUCACUGAAAUCACUCGAUUUAGCCUGGAAUACCCUUGGACUCGACGGUGGACACCAAAUACUAAAUGGAAUGCACGAAAAUAAAACAAUCACCACCCUCAAUCUACGAGGGAAUUGUUUACCCGACGAUCUCAUGGAAUCCAUUGAACAAUGCGCUUUUGAGAAUAAACGACGACAAGCAAUUUCCAAAACAAGUAUCGAAUUAGUAAAGAAAAAUUAUUCAAAAGAAAAUGUCUCUCCAAUUUUCUCGAAUGACAAUGAAAAAGUGACGAAAACAAAAACGAAAUAUUCGAAAAAGAAAAUACGAAGACGAGACAGAGACAAAAUUCUACUUCCCGUAUCCGAAGACAAUGAGAAUCCUCUCAUUUCCCCGAGUGACUCAGAUUCAGAUUCACGUUUAAAAGCUGCCAUCAAGACGGCGGAAACAAAUUCAAAAUCAUCCAUUCAUGUUUUGAUGGGCGAUAAAAAUGCCAAAGAUCCGCAAGUCAACUGUAAAAUUAAGGAACUCAAUCAAAUUCUCCAUGAGAGAACUUCGGCGAUUGAUCUUUUAACGAAUGAAAUUAAAUCGAAGCAGACGGAAUUAGUAGACGCCAAGUCACAGAUCAGUAAACUUGAGGGAGAAAUUACAAGACUGAAAGUUGAAAAGGAGGAUUUAAUUUUACACAAGGUAAAGGAGAUCAGUGAUCUGCAACAAAAUCAAAUAGAAGAGAAGGAAAUGUGGGAGCGAGGCAAAAAGGAUUUGGAAGAUUCUUUCACUAAUAUUCUCUCAUUGAAGAAAGAUGUUGAUCUGAAAGUUCGAAAAUACGAGAAAGAUAUUCACAAGAGUUCGGUGGAAAUUCUUGCAUUAAGGGAAAAACUCUUGUCUAGCACUCGAGCUUACGAAGAUCUCAUUUCUACAGGUAAAACGGAAAUCCACAGAUUGAGGCGCGAACUCAAGGAACGCGAGAGUAGACACAGAAUAGAAUUAAACAUUCUCAAACAAUCCCUAAAAGAAUCGACCGAAUCUCUCGAGCAGUGUCAAAAUCAAUUGCAAAAAACAAGAACCGAAUUGAGAGAUUCCUUCGAGAGUCAAUCGAAUUUAAGAGCGAAACUCAAGGAAUUGGAUCAUUUCGCUCAAAAGUGCGUGAGAAUUGAGGAUUCAUUGUUGAAAGUUAAAGAAGAAAAGGAAGCAUUCGAGGAUAAAUAUAGCGAUUCACAGAGAACAAUUGCAACUCUUCAACGUCAAGUGGCAUGUCUUGAGGCCGAAUUAGUCGAACCACAAAGACGUUAUAAUCUCCUGCACGAGGAAUUCGAUCAGGAAAAGAAGAAGGCCGAGAGAUUUAAGGACGAAUUAAUAGAGGAGCGUUCCAGAUUGAGGGAGCAAAAUAUUCAAAUACAAAAAAUGUCUUUGCAAAUUACAUCAUUAAAUACGCAAAUCAAUGAAAUACAAACGAAUCAUGUCGAGGAACUUCGCGAGAAGGACAAGGAGAGGAAGCAACUCAAGGAAAUUAUUGCUCACAAGGAGCGAGAUUUAAACGAUUUAAAAGCGGAAGAAGUUCAAAGAGCAGGUCACCUUUAUGCGGCAUUCAGUAAAUAUAUGAGUUCAAUGGGACCAAGUGCACCAACCUGAUAUUAAAAUUCAUCAAUAGAAUUUUUCGUUAAAUUUUAUUCCCUAAUUUGUAAAUUUACUACUUCAAUAUUAUAUUUAUUAAUAAAUUUCUAU